AUGACUCAGUUACAAUAUAACGAGUUAUACGAUUUAUACCGUGACGACUACAAACAGAUGAAAGAUGAAAAUAAAACUAAAAUUGAAAAUGUUGCCGAGGUGAUAAGAAUUCAUCCUGGAUAUCAAAAUGAAAUGCCACAAAAAAAAUACGUAUCAAGCAUUACUUGGCAUCCUACUAUAGUAGGCGUUUUUGCAGUUUCUUACAUGUCCAAUAGCAAUGAAUUGGUAAAACAAGUGGGCUUAAAAAAUACAGAUGAAGAACCCACUGAGUCAAACGUCAAAAACAAACAGUUCAGUAUAAUAUCAUACACCGAAGAUGGCCAUGACCAAGAUAAUUGGAAUAAACAGCCAAAUGUUAAAUUUUUGGAUGAUAAUUACGAGGAAAAGUUUUUGUAUUUUUUGAACAGAGAAUUUGUGCAGAAAAUAAAAAUUCUUCAAAUAACCGAGGAUGAAAAAAUGAGCCAAGGAUACAUGAACAAUAUUGAUGAACAUUUGCGCCAAACGUUAAUUUACGAUUCUAAUGAUGCUAACGAUUUACUUUCCACAUACAAUGAGUUUAUUGGAGAGGAAUAUAAUCAUGACAACGAUGUAAUAAGCAAUCAUACUGACUACUCAGUAAGCCAUAUGUCGACUAAUAGAAACCCAAGUGAAACUGACGUGUGUCACCAUGAUUCAGACACUGAAAGUUUUUAUAAUAUUUGGGGCGAAGAUAAUGAAUGGUUGUAUAACAACGAACUGAGGAACGUUGUUAGAAAUAUACAUAGGAAUUUUAAUAAGAAAUAUAAUAGAGAAGCUAAGGAAGAAAAAUUGUUUGAACUCUUGAUGUCUGAAACUGAGAAAAAAAAAAAAAAUGAAGAAACUAAAAAAGAUAAAAUGAAGUUAGCCAAGGAUAUGUUUGAAGCUGGAGAUAAAUAUAAAAUAUCUAAAUCUAAACAAAAAACUAAGAGAAAACUGAAUAAACAAUAUGCAUUGAUACAAAAUGACCAAGAAUCUAUGAUCAAACGAGAGAGUACACCAUUAAUAGAUGAACAAAAUAACUCGGUUAUCGUUUGGUCAAUUAGUGAUAAUGUUUUCCCGCAGUUGAGGUUGGAGAGUCCUGAAGAAGUGAAAUGUGUUGAAUUUAACCCUAGAAAUGGAAACGUCAUUGUAGGAGGGUUGACAAAUGGGCAGGUUUGCAUAUGGGACAUUGAAGGAAAAUUAGAGGCGAUGGGUUUAAAUUUGAGCAUGUCUGAAAAGGAAAAACAACAUAAAAAACAUCUGCACAUGCACAUGAAGUGGUCGUUAGACGUAAAUUUCAAAACUAGGAUCAGACCGACAGCCUUAAGUGCCAUCACUGAAUCUCACGAGUCAACAGUCACUGCGAUCCAAUGGAUUCAUCCAAUGACCAAAAUAACUUCAUUGGGUAAACUUAUACCUAUGCAACAAGGAACAUUUUCAGAUCAAUUUAUGUCAGCUUCCUUAGACGGGACUAUAAAAGUGUGGGACUUGCAAUCGAAAUUUAAGAAGAAACCCUAUCAAAAAAGUGAACCUAAUUCUCGUUUUGGUCGUCCAAAAAAUCUGAUUUCCAAUAAAUCACCAUUGAGCCAUUUAAACAACCGUCUAAGACCAUCGUAUUCGAUCAUAAUCAGAGAACCAGAAAACCCCAUGCAGAGCACCACGUACAGUCCCAUAACGGCUAUGUCCUUCGAGAUCCCCUCAAUACAAUACAAAUCCAUCUGUCAUAGAAACCUCUGCCGAUUCGGGCAAACGGCAAUUUGA